AUGAUACAUCUGAAUCCCAUCAUACACCCCAACAAACAAAACCACAGAUUCAAAUUCGAAACAUUUCUACGGAAUGAAUACAACUUUGGACUCGAUCCCGAUAGACCAGUAUGCCCCUUCUACAACCCACAAUUCCCCACCACUUCAUGCCCCAACGGCUCGAACUGCCCGCACAAGCACGUCUCACAAAUGUACAAGAACAAGCUAGUCUGCAAGCAUUGGCUACGAGGACUCUGCAAGAAGGGAGACAAUUGCGAGUUUCUCCACGAGUAUAACUUGCGCAAGAUGCCCGAAUGUCUCUUCUUUUCCAAGAAUGGCUACUGUACUCAGACCCCCGAGUGUCUUUAUCUUCAUGUUGAUCCGCAGUCCAAGAUCCCCGAAUGUAUGAAUUACAACGCGGGCUUUUGUGCCGAGGGCCCCAAUUGCAAGAACCGGCAUGUGCGAAAAGUGUUUUGUCCCUAUUAUUUAGCUGGUUUUUGUCCCAAGGGUGCAUCCGAGUGUGACUUUGCCCAUCCGAAAUUCAAUCAUCAGAAUUUGUACUUGAGGAUCAAGCCUGACCCUACUCGAGUGGUGGAAGCUGCCAAUGGAGCAGCGACCGAAACUGCUACCGAAGCAGCUGCCGAAGCAGCUAAUGAGGCUGCUAAAAAAACUGCUGAUGAACCUGCCGUGGAAACUAGUGCUAUGCAAGAAAUAGUCGCAGCUUAG